ACUUCGCCGCGUGCAGUCGACUUUUCAGCUGCUUUUCCCAAACGAUUUUCUCCCCGAAACCUGGAAGGACUGUACUGAAUGGGGUUUUCAAGGCGGUUGGCGCUUUGAUGUUGAACUGUUUUGUGCUGUUUGUGUUAUCCGUAUUGACGGUGUGGUUCUUUUGACCGAGAUCAACGUUGAAAUGUUGUGUGGCAACUCUCCGGAAAGGGGUUUGAUGUGAUGUGUGAAUGACGGCAAAUUGAGCUUUUGUGUAGUUUGGGAUGACGAAAUAGCCGUCAUAGCGCACCGAUCCAUGCCUGGAAGGGAUAUCGAGUUUUGGGAUCACCAUCAUCGUCCUUGUCGGAAGGCAUUCGAGAUGCAGGGUUGAGUUGUUUUGGUCCUUUCUUCAAAGAAAACGGUUCUACCGCCAGGUGCACCCUGUGCUGGUAAUGAAAAUUCGUGUAAUCGUUUUAGAAAGCUGUCAGUGAAAUUGAAUCAAAUUGUGCGGGGAAUUGUUCGAGGAAAUCUUCUACGGUGCCAUUCAGUGAAAUUGGCCCAACUUUUCAUGCGGAGAUGUGGGCACGGUUCCAACGUACUCGCAUGCGGAAAAAGUUUUUCGGAAUAAUGUGAGAGUUCCCAGUUAGUGUGGUGCAAAGUGUGUGACAAAGGCGGAAAGGAAAUCCAGAAAUCCGAUUGCCAACUUCCCAGUCACAGCGCGGAAAACCGAUCGAAUUGGAAGGGCUUAUCUAGCCGACACGUGCCGAAAAGUGAUUAAAACUUUCCCGGGAGAAAGUGAUUAGUGAACGAUUAAAUGGAUCUAUUGAAAUCUACCGCCGAGUGAAUCCGGAAAUUGGACUUUUGCGAGGAUCGCGAAGGAGAGUGAAGAGUUAAUGCUCCGUACAAAGUUAGUGACAGACAUACUUACACCAUCUCGGGCACAUGCCACAGCCGGAAUCAAGUGAACACUUCUGGAAGCAAAUAGAUUCUAAUUGAAUUAUGUCUCGGAUCCUCCCGUCCGAGAGUAUCAACGUUUAGCACACGUGUAUCGUAUUUGAGUGAGAGCUGUAUACGCGCUUUGAAAAGGAAGUGUGAUUCUCCCGCCGUCCUUUGAAAGAAACCGAAACGCGAAAGUGUGCAUCAAUCAACGCUUGUGCUCAGUGCUAUUCGGGCAACUAUUCGAGAGUGCCGCCAAGUGCAUUCUGUAAUUAGUGUGUAUCUAGUUGGUCGUGCCAUCAUCAUCGAAACACUCACGGGGAAGAAAGUGUACCAGAUGGUUCAGAUUUAUUUGGACGCCACUCCGUUACUGCAGGCUGCAGCAGCUAGCGGCCGUCAAGAAAGCAAUGAUUGAAAAUCGUUUUUCGAGCGAGAGACUUUUGAAGGGGAUCUACUGAAGGAAGGCGCACUUGCAGUAGUUUUCGGAUGCGUUCAGUCGCCCCCAUCUGCACAAUGACAUCAUGGUCGAAGAAAAGAACGACUUCGCCGAAUGUUCCCUUACCGUGCUGCUGCCUUCAGUACUGAUAAGUCGUCUCUGGUGAUGGUGACACGUGUAAUAAAUCUCCCUUUCCAUCUUCCCCGGCACAUCACGAAGAAACUCAACGGCGAUAAGUGAGUUCAGGAAACAAAAUUCGUUUCCCACACGAAAUGGAACAACGGUUGCUGCAGUCAUCCAUCGUUGUCUCAGGAGGAAUCUCCGGAAUCUACGGAUUGUGGGCAAAUGAUUACGCCGCAGAUUAAUCUUCUCGUGCAAUUUGAGUGUGGGGAAAAUCGGUGCUUACGGUUUCCAUGUGGGUGCUUGGGAGGUUUCAACGACAGUGCGCGAAAAAAUGUCUUCGCUCGGGUUUAUCGAUUACGCCAACUUCAGCUCCUUCGGUAUGAUGGGAUUACUGAAUGCUAGCCUAAACUAUUUGAACGGUUCCAACGGAAGUGCGCCGGGUUUGGUGGGCGGUCAAUUGGUGGGCAGUGCGGCUAUCGCCACCAAUUUUGGACCCUUUGGCGCGAAUAACACCAGCAGCUUAUCGUCAAAUUUCAGCACAGGAGCCACGAUGCUCCUGAACAAUUCGCCGGCAUCGCUUCCGAACGGAUCGAUUGUGGAAUUCGGGUUGGUAAGCGGGGCGGCUUCGGCGGCCACCGUUGGCCAAAGUUUUGCGACGGCCAAUUUCAGCUACCCGGAAAGUGGCUCUGUGCAUAAAGAGUUUAUCUUUGAUCGGACCGAUGUGAGAGUGAUAUUUAUUACGCUGUAUUCGCUGGUGUUUUGCUGCUGCUUUUUCGGCAACCUGCUUGUGAUUCUGGUAGUGACACUCUCGCGAAGGCUCCGUUCGAUAACCAACUUUUUCCUGGCGAAUCUGGCGGUGGCCGACCUGUGCGUCGGAGUGUUCUGCGUGAUGCAAAACUUGACCAUCUACUUGAUCGAAAGUUGGGUAUUUGGUGACUUCCUGUGCAAGAUGUACCAAUUUGUGCACUCGUUGAGCUACACGGCGUCGAUUUUCAUCCUGGUGGUGAUUUGCAUGGAGCGAUACUUUGCCAUAAUCCAUCCCAUCACGUGCAAGCAGAUAUUGACCUCCAGGAGGUUGAGGCUGGUGAUUGUGGCCGUUUGGAUUACGUCGGCUGUCUACUCGGUGCCAAAGUUUAUCUUCGUCCGGACGAUAACCAACAAUCUCGGCGAUGACCAGCUGGAAACCAUCUGCAUCAUCAAUCGGAAAGCGUUCAACUCGGAGCUUUUCGAUAUUAUCAAUUUUGCCUUACUCUAUCUGCUGCCGCUGCUGGUCAUGACGGUCCUGUACAGUCGGAUAGCGAUAGCACUAUGGAAAAGCUCCCGAGGGCUAGAGCGACACAUCGCGCUGCAGAACACCACCUCGUCCAACUAUUCGAACAAUUUCAAUCGAAAACCGAGCAGCAAGUACGAGAAAAGGGCUGUCGGAGUCACCGAAAGUCAGGUUUCGGUCGAAUCGGACAAGGUUGUGGUAACGACAUGGCGGUCGCAGAACAGUUUCCACCAGCGGCACGGAACCCAGCUGACCCAGGUGUCACACUCGUCCAACAAUGUGCUGAGGGCGAGACGGGGCGUCAUUCGGAUGCUGAUGGUGGUUGUGCUAACGUUUGCCCUGUGCAAUUUACCGUUCCAUGCGCGCAAGAUGUGGCAAUACUGGUCUACGGACUACCAGGGCGACUCGAACUUCAACGCCUUGUUCACGCCGCUCACCUUUCUGGUGACGUACUUCAACUCUGGUGUCAAUCCGCUGCUGUACGCCUUCCUCAGUCGAAACUUCCGCAAGGGAAUGCGCGAACUGUUGCUCUGUUCACUGAAGAAGAACAAGAACAAAUCCCUGAACCAGCGCAUUCCGAUGCAUAACCAUUCCUUACCGACCGAUUCAACCCAUGUAGGAUUUUCCCAAUGAUGCUACGACCUGAUCGCGUGCCGCCGGUGCUGCUCCGGCCUACUAUGGAACCCACUCGUUUGGUGGUGGAACAACCAGAAGCAGCAGCAGCGGAGGCGGUCCCAACGCCACAGCGCCCUCGACCUUGACCACCACCAACACCACCAGCAGCAGCAACAGCAACAGUGCCAACGGAAACGGCACAGCGAAUCGACCCAGCACGGUGCCCAGCAGCGACAACGGCAGCAAGUCGAACUGCAAGUCGAAUCCGUCGACAGCCGAGCAGCCGACGAGCUCAUCGAAGAUGACGAAGAUGAUGAUGAUGGCCGGCAGUCGGUUUCGUGUACCACGGCGACUGAACAACCACAAGGCCAUCGCAGACGGAAGAGUGUUGGACGACGACGAGGACACGACCACGACCUGUAACGACGCUGAGUUCGUUUCGACCGGGACCGUCACGUUUGCCCUGUCCUCGGUUUACUAUGUGGAGUGCGAGGAGGAUACUUAAUUGGAAUGAACAGAGUGUACAUAAGAAGCAUUUUUAUAAGUCAAUGUAGUUUCGAAUAACUGAAGCUUUUUCUCAUUCUUUAAGUAGAUUCUAGUACCAAAAAAAAA